GGGAAGGAGGUGACGACGUAAGUGAGCGCCGGCAUCGCGGCAGCAGCUCCAAAGGAAGCUUGGCCGCCGUGGUCGCUGUGAGCAGGCCGGACACCCUGUUGCUGACGGGGCUUCCUCGAGAGCUGGGGAAGACAGGACCGUAGUCGGAGCUGCCCUAGUGUCUGGGCCCGCGAGAGGGCAGGUGAGGGCAGCGAGGGACGGAGCUGCAUCCAGAUCUCAUUAUGAAUCAGAAAAAUGAAAAAACAGAGGAAAAUUCUCUGGAGGAAAGGAAUCCAUUUAGCCUUUUCUGAGAAAUGGAACACUGGGUUUGGAGGCUUUAAGAAGUUCUACUUUCACCAGCACUUGUGCAUUCUGAAAGCCAAGUUGGGAAGGCCAAUUACCUGGAGCAGGCAGUUGAGGCAUUUCCAGUUCAGAAAGAACACCUUUCAAAUCCAGAAAACGUGGAUCCAAGAUGAACCCUUUUUUGCUAAAACAAAGCCCAGUUUGGCUGUUGAAAACGUUAGUACUUUAUCCUCUAAAGUGAAAAGAAAAGGCACUAAACACUUAAUUUCCUCUUCAAGGACCCUCCUGAAACUCCAAGCAGAGAAGUUGCUGUCAUCAGCAAAGAACUCUGACCAUGAAUAUUGCAGAGGGAAAAGCCUCUCAAAAGCAGUUGCUGACUUGCCAACAAAUAGUGUUUUAGGCCAGGCCAUUGGUCACAGACCUAGGACGGAGCUGCAAGCUUCUGACUUUCCCAUGACGUUCAAUGGGGAGAGCCAGAGUCCAGGAUUCCUAGAUGAGGUUAUGAAGAAGUAUGGCAGUUUGGUCCCACUCAGUGAAAAAGAUGUCCUUGGAAAAUUAAAAGAUGUCUUUAAUGAAGACUUUUCUAAUAGAAAGCCAUUUAUCAAUAGGGAAAUAACAAACUAUCGGGCCAGACAUCAAAAAUGCAACUUUCGUAUCUUCUACAAUAAGCACAUGCUAGAUAUGGAUGACCUGGCAACACUGGAUGGUCAGAAUUGGCUGAAUGACCAGGUCAUUAAUAUGUACGGUGAGCUGAUAAUGGAUGCAGUCCCAGACAAAGUUCAUUUUUUCAACAGCUUUUUUCAUAGACAGCUGGUAACCAAAGGAUAUAAUGGAGUAAAAAGAUGGACUAAAAAGGUGGAUUUGUUUAAAAAGAGUCUUCUGUUAAUUCCUAUUCACCUGGAAGUCCACUGGUCUCUCAUUACUGUGACACUCUCUAAUCGGAUUAUUUCAUUUUAUGAUUCCCAAGGCAUUCAUUUUAAGUUUUGUGUAGAGAAUAUAAGAAAGUAUUUGCUGACUGAAGCCAGAGAAAAAAAUAGACCUGAAUUUCUUCAGGGUUGGCAGACUGCUGUUACAAAGUGUAUUCCACAACAGAAAAAUGACAGUGACUGUGGAGUCUUUGUGCUCCAGUACUGCAAGUGCCUCGCCUUAGAGCAGCCUUUCCAGUUUUCCCAGGAGGACAUGCCCCGAGUACGGAAGAGGAUUUACAAGGAGCUGUGUGAGUGCCGGCUCAUGGACUGAAAACUCAGCAAGGCUGGGAAGUCUGACCAAGUUGGAGCAGAUGGUUUGUUACUUGAAUCUCCAAACACUUAUUUGAAUUUUACAGAUAUUUCAGAUCAGUGGUGUUGGGCCACUGUUGUUACCUCAAAUUUAUUUUUAGCCCUUAUUAAUUUCUCUAGCUACCAUGUACUAUUUUUUAAUGUUCGGUUUGGUUUCAUUUUUAAUUUUAUGGAUUCUGUGUGCCCCCCCAUAUUUAAUAUUUAUUAUCCAAUGCAUGCAUAUAGACAGAGCAUGCAGUGCGGAGUAUUAAAAAAAAAAAAAAGCCUAGUAGAUUUGGUGCAGCUUUUGAAACUUAGUUAGAUGUGAACUGAAUACAGGUUUAAAAUUUAAUCCCAGAACCUAAAAAUGUGGAAUGUUUUUGAUACAACUUAAAGAAUUAUAGGUGUUCCCUGGGCAUAAAAGGUAGCUAGGAGUGGUUUUGACAAAGCCAGUCCUGUUUUACUUUUAUCAGCAGCACCUUUCACUGACUUCCCUCUCCUGAGUCUUAAGUUGCAUUCCUUUUGAAGAAGGAGAAGGACGUGGCCAGAACCUGACUGGGUAUUCUAUUUAUGGAGGCACACUUGUAAGCACAGUGCCUGCUUUGGGAAGAAUUGAUUAAAAUAUGAGAAAAAGAAUGACCUUGGGGAUCCAGGUAUCUUAGCACAUAAGAUUUCAAUCUUGCUUUUAAGAAUUAUAAUACCUAAAUAAUUUAUAAAGGCUUUUGCUGGAACAUUAAAUUCCCUGGAUUUUUAUGUUUUUGACCCAUUAAAAAACUAUCAAACAAGUGGUCAAAUUAGAAUUCAGCUUUUCUGAGUAAUUUAUAAGUUGACGCUUGCCUUGUGUUGUUUCCCGUAAGAAGUUAAGGUUUGCAAAAUACCUCUGUAUUUCAAGGGUAUUUAAAAUAUAAACUUUCAAAGCCGAAGACUGGCUUUAGGUCUUUUGCAGAUGGGUGGGGAGAAGAGGAAAGGUAAUAGAGAAGAUUUGAUUCCUCAGGAGUACAGCAAAUGUUAUUAGUUUUUUUUCCCUCUUAUCUCUCUAGUGAUCUCAGCAACAUGCAGGGCUCCUCAUUUGGUUUCUACUUGAGCAACCCUGAGACUCUAGUACAAGAAGAGUUUUGUUUUGUUUUUUUUUCCGUUUUUCUGAACCUCAUAUUCAGGGGAAAGGCAGAAAUCGCCCUAUUCUUAAACUUAGCUGCAUUAAAGUAAUGGAUCUCGCAUCUUUAAUCUAGCCUUUUGUGAUUUUUGAAAGGAAAGGAAAGAAGAUAACAUGUGAAUUACCCAGUUAUCUUUUCUGAACUGGGGCAGGAAAAGCAACAGAUAGGUAUAUAAGAAACUCAGAAACCUGUACAAAAAAAUACCAAAUAAAUGGCAGAAGAUACUUGGAUUUAUGCCUAGUUAGGUUUUGAAAAUAAAAAGCUAAAAUGUGUGCAGUUUAACUUGGCCAUAAGGUAAGGCUGACUGCCAGCAGUUAAAGGUGGAGUCAGAUGUUUACAUGCAGGGUUCCUGUCCCCAGACAUUCCAAGCACCAACACCAGUGUUUACAUUGCAAACAGCCCCAGCACUUUCCUACGUCCCCCAGACUCAAAUUCCUUAGUAUAAAACCAGGUCAGUAUUUCUUAUUGUGCUUCAAGUCAUUAAAAAGACUGAGAUUAGAGGCACUUUAUGCUGCUACAAGUAGGAUUGUGUCAGCAUUAGGAAAGAUAACAAUUUAAAGUGGGGAGGACGCCUUCUUAGUUUUCAGAUAUAAGUAUGGAAAAAGAUUUUUCAAAUCUGUGCACAAGACAUUUGCCUAACAUCUUUUUGUAGCUACACAAGGUAGUAACUAGGCUAUUGAUUCAAAAUGUCUUAUACUUUAGAGCUCCAUAUUUCACUUUCUUACUGACAGAAUCAGGCAUGCAGAGGAGACAAGAACUCUGUUCUGGCAAGAAUCUUAUUAUGCCCAAAGCCGGAGUCUCAGCAUUGGUCUCAGCAUUGAGGCAUGCAGGCAUGUGCAGAGAGAACGUGAGCCGUCCAACUCUAGUUUUACUUCUAACUUUAUGGGACACCUUGAAGUGCACUGUUCAGCAUGCUUUAGCCUAAAUGUCAAAUAUUUUAAGCCUCUACAUUCAUGAAACUUGGUUGAGUACACAUAGUCACUUUUCCCCCUCUUGUGAUUAGACCAAGUCUUACAUUAGAAUGUCUGUCCUGGUGUUUGCAAUAAUUUCUUCCUUGCAACAGAAACAUUUUUGAAAUAGUCUGGGCUUUUGGUGGAAGAGACAGGCAUUGUGUACCCAUCACUAGCUUGACACUGAAUUGUUGCCCACAAGGUGAACAGACCUCAGGCUUUUGCUGCUGAGUGCAGGCCUUGUACAAACUAAAAGCUACUUAUGAUGUGCCUUCAAGUUGCCCAGCCCUCUCCAUCAGCAAACUUACCAGUCUGUAGUUGCUUCUCCAGUGAUUUUUUCCCCAUUUGUUAAAUUUAUAGCAGUGAAUGUAGAUUUAAUUCAACUUUUAGUUAAGAUCUCUCAAGAAUCGUAGAGAACCAACCUUCUCUUAAGAAAGGAAAUUGCUUAAGGAAAAAGAAACACUUGCUACCAGUAAUCUUCAGAUCUCUCUUUUGGCUUUGCAUUGUAUUUUCUAUUUAUCAUUAAAUACAAAUAACACUAUUCAUCUUGAAUUCAUAGUUGGAAUAAAACAGCAACAGACAUAACUGGGACACAGCCAGCAUUAGCCUAAGUUGAGUUGCCCUUUUCUCUGCAAUUGUGGUUCACUGCUUUCCUGGGCGCUCUGGGUGGAUCAGAUCUUUCAGGCAAGAAAGUCUAUUAAUAGUGCGAAUUAAAUAUAUUGACUACCUGCUCUACUCAUGUUAAAAAUUGAACUAAUCAGCAUUUACAAAGCACGUACUUUAUGUGCUAGGCUCUGCCUCCUGGCCUGUAGACAAUUAAGAAGACCUAGGGAAUACCAUCAGAGAAGUGCUAAUUGUAUUUGCAUAUUACAAAAGCAGCCCUAGACGAGCUGUUCACUUACGUGGUACCUUUUGGUUAGAAAAAGAACUUAAAAGAUUGUGAUCAUGUAAAAUUACUCAAACCUUCUAGCAAAAAUAUUUUUUUGAAAAAUAAACUAAAUGCCUUUAUAAAUGUG